AUGUCAUAUCAUAAUAGAUAUUAUCAAAUAAGAACUCUUAUUAAAUAACCAAAAAGGAAAUUGAUUACAUAAUUCUUCAUUGAAGAAAUCAAAGAUUAACUGAGAUAAAGUGAAAACAAAGUCAAUAAUAUUGACUGUAAAAUAAGUGAUUAAAUCUCUAUUGAUCUAGGAUCAAAGAUUAAAAGAUAUAAUUCAUAUUAUAUAAGGAAAAUAUAACGAAUAAAAACACUAUUACUUGUACCUUAAAUAAUAAGCUUCAUUUUAAAGUGAAAAACACUAUAAUGGAGUCAAUUAUUCAAGUCAAUCUAAUAAAGGUGGAUAACUUGACUCUGCUCCUUCCAAUUCAUCCCGACUUAAACACCAAUAAUAAAAUAUCUUACAACUGAUAGCUUUAAAUAACAAGAUAAAUAGUAGAAUGGAACUACUAACUAAAAUCAAAACUCUAGAACUAAUUCAAUGCUAUAUGAAAAUUACAAUCUCAGAUUAUUCUACAAAUGAGAUAUAGUUUCGUAAUGAUCAACAAAUAGAAGUUGAAGUUAAGGAUGAAGGAUAAGAAGAAAUCAACAAUUACAUUUACUUUAUUUUUAUAGACAUUGUAGUAAUUAUUGCAGUUUAAAUCAUAUGA